CGGAAUUACACCCUCUCUGCUAAAUUCAUUUUUCUCUCCGGCAGAACACCCUGAAAGCUCGGGGGCACCUUGUCCGUGCGCUGCUCUCGGGGGCGAGCUCCUCGGUUGUGUGCGUGCACGCAAUAGAGUGUGUGUGAGAAAGAGAGUUAGUGUAAAUGUGUGUGUGUGUGUGAGUGUGUUAGUGAGCGCGCGUCACAGAGUGUGUGUGCUCUGCUGUUGCUGCCCUUUGAUCCCUGCAUUAGUGUUAGUUAGGGGCUCGCAGACACACACUUGCACCGAGAGCAGCCAUAGUCAAGACACGGCAACAACAACAGCGGCGCCUCCUCCGCCCGUGUUCCCCCCCAACAAUACACUUUAAACCGAGCAAAGCCAGGUGCACGACCGAGUCCCUGCCAUCACGGGCGCCUCCGGUCUCAAUGGGAGAAACCUUCUUUCUUCUUAUCCCCACACAAGGACGAGAAUGUGAUUAAAAACGGGGGAAAAUGCCAAGGAGGAAGCAGGAGCAACCCAAGCGCCUGCCUUCACAUGUGGACAGCAAUGAUGAAGGAGGGCCAGACAGCAGUCCUGUGGAGGAGGAGGCCUGGUUUGGGAAUGCUUCUGACUCGCGUUCAGAGUCGUCAUCCUAUGGAGACACCCAGGAUGAGCUCCUCCCACCCAGGGGCUCUUCUCCUGAUGAAGGACCCGGAGUCAGCACUGGGUCUGGGGACCACGAUACCUGUGGAGGCGAGGGCUCGGUGGGUUGUCCCACACCUGUCCAUCGUGCCUCUUUAGAACUUCUUGGACUUGAUGGAAGUGCGUUCUCGGCCCAUGACACCCUCUCCUCUGUGGUAUCAUCACUGUACGGUGAAGCAGCAUCUCGUGCCCUGGGAAAACCCCUCAGCAGUAACCUUCGUCGCCUCCUAGAGGCCGGGUCACUGAAUCUUGACACUGGGGAGCUCCUGAGUCGCUCAUCCAGGGGAGGUGCUGGAGGGGAGUCUCCUCCAAUUGGUCUUGCCCCACCAUUGACCCUCUCCCCAUCUUCCCACCAUGCCCACCAGUUAAGUGCUCUUGCCCGAAAACUGGCCAAUAACAAUAACAACAGUGGCUCAGCCUCACCAGCCUCCUUGGCACCCUCAGUAACCAACAUUAAGCAGGAGCCUCAUGACCCCUUUAACUCGGUCACCCCUAGCAAUGGCAGUGGCUUUGUAUGGGCAGGUGUCGCAGAUAAAUGGCCGCCGGCCAGCUGCACCACACCGUGCAGCUCUAGCCUAUCUCCGGACUCUGCCAUCCAGAAGUUAAAAGCAGCAGCAAAUGCUGUACUUCAAGACAAAAAUGCCGUGGCCGCCUCGUCAACAACUUCCUCCUCCUCCUCCACCUCGGCCUCAUCCGCAGUGCCAGCCCUUGGAGGGGGUGGUCGAGGAGAUGAUGUGGUGCGCUUUGAUGCCUUCAACUCUCCGUUCAGCCCACAGUCAGCUAGCUCGACCCUCGCUGCACUUUCCAAGAAAGUCAGUGAGCGAAGCCAAGCCUCGUCGACGGCAAGUGCUGCUACUGACCACCAAGGCUCAGCAAGUUCUUUUCUCUCACUUGUGUCAAUGACCUCCUCUGCUGCCUUGCUUAAAGAGGUGGCAGCCAGGGCAGCGGGAAACCUGCUAGCAGAGAAGAAGGAAGGUUCCCCUUUGUUGACAUCUGGAGUCCUCCAAGAGGAUGUCAAGCCCCUUCUGGACAAGAACCAGAAGGCCCCCACGCCAUCUACACCUACCCAGAGCCUAGAGUUGCUGUUGCCUUCGACUCCAAAGGGCAGAGGAAAACCCAGCAGCCAAGCAGGUUCUCCUGAGGAUGGGGGAAAACCGUUCCAGUGUCCGGUGUGUGGCCUGGUCAUCAAACGCAAGAGCUACUGGAAGAGACACAUGGUCAUCCACACAGGCUUAAAAAGCCACCAGUGUCCCCUGUGUCCCUUCCGCUGUGCUCGCAAAGACAAUCUCAAGUCCCACAUGAAGGUACAUCAGCACCAGGACCGGGGUGAAACAUUUCAGUGCGAACUUUGCCCUUUUACCUCCUCCCGUCACUUCAGCCUGAAGCUUCACAUGCGCUGCCACCAGCACUUUCCCCGCACAGAUGUCAAGGUGAAAGAGGAGCUCACCACCGACACGGAGGGCGAGGGCUCCCUGAUGGGUGACAGCGGCUCGGCGGACCUGGGAGGCAUGGAGGCAUCCCCGGUGCACUCAGACUCUCAGCAGCAGACGUCUCCUCCGGCCGAGGUGUCCUCCAAUCAUGUCCACAUCAAGGAAGAGCCGCUAGAGAGAGACCUGUCCGUGCUCUCCCCCUUUAGCAUCUGCAGGGAACGUCCCAGCAGUAGUGCCAACUCCCUGGACCUACCUGGAGUUGGGGUCGGAGUCGGGGUCAGAUCAAGUCCCAGUGGUCUAACCACGGCCUCCCUCUUCAGCCCUGACAUCUCCACCAAGACAGCAACUGACCUGCUUAUGAAGCUAUCAGCAGCCAACCAGAGGGAGACGCUCAAGUCUCCAUUCCACCUGAAGGAAGAGCCCAAGGUAGAAGAAGCGCUGAGCCCCAGACCGUCCUCCCGGUCCAAGAGCCAGGUCCAGCCAAGCUUCCCUGCGUCUUUUUGCCAGGAUGGAUUGACCGGGGUUGCAACAGUCAUAGAACGCCCAGGGCUGCUGAAACCAAGGGAAGGAAGCCCAAUGGCUAAAAACAGCUUGCUGAGCCAGGAUAUCAACAUCAAGGUGGCCUCUGAGCUGCUGAUGAAGCUUUCAGAAAACAACAAAGAUUCCCAGUACCAGAGGGUGAAAGUAAAGGUGGAGCCCAUGGAGGUGGACCCGCCCCCAGCAGAACUCACCCCACCUGUCUCUCACCUGCUGGCCUUCAGCACUUUAGAGGCAUGUGAGAAGAGUGAGCCAAUGAGUAACCUCCCUGAGACGUUGGCCCGUCCCCAGAAAGAUCUCUUCUCCCAGGACAUAUCGGUCAAAAUGGCCUCAGAACUACUGUUCAAAUUGUCAGAAAAAGUCAGCAAAGCCAACAACCACAGAGACAAUAACAUGGUGGGAAUAAGCAGUCCGUUCUUGGAUGAGUGCUUCAGACAAUCACCCUUUAACCUGCGCUCUAAGAGCUCUUCUCCCGCAGAGGCCAGCUCCUCGACCAGGGCAGUAUUCCAUGAUUCAGAAAAGGAUGAUGGUGAGCCAGGGAACGGGAUCGCUCAGUGGAGACUAAAUGAACAGCUCUUUCCCUGUCCGGUCUGUGGCAAGGUGUUUGGACGACAGCAGACUCUUUCUCGACAUCUGUCUCUACACACAGAAGAGAGGAAGUACAAGUGUCACCUGUGUCCUUACGCCGCCAAGUGCAGGGCUAACCUCAAUCAGCACCUGACCAUCCACUCUGUCAAGCUGGUCAACACAGACGCUGAGCAGAUCGUCAGCGCCGUCACAGCCGACUCUGCUGAACGCAAGAACUGCCCCUACUACUACAGCUGCCAUGUGUGUGGUUUCCAGACGGAGCUGAACGCCCAGUUUGUCAGCCACAUGUCGCUCCAUGUGGACAAGGAGCAGUGGAUGUUCUCACUCUGCUGCAGCGUCUGUGACUACGUCUGCAUGGAAGAGAAUGACAUGAAGAGCCACAUUAGUACUGGACAUGCAGGUUUAAAUUCAAGAAGUCCCCUCAGUGAGACCAAGAGCACUUCCUCGUCCCUCUCGGCCCUCAGCGAUUCACUCAACAGUUCGGAAGGUGGAGACCUCGCCCACGGUAACGAAGAACUCAAGAGUCUGCUGGCCCCGCCCUCCUCCACCGGCAGCCAGUCCAGCUCCGGAAGCCACUCGGGAUCAGGAACUGAGGACAAGUCUGACAAAGGCUUUGAGUGCGUCUUCUGCAACUUUGUGUGCAAGACGCGCGGCAUGUACGAGCGGCACCUCCAGAUCCACCUCAUCACGCGGAUGUUCGAGUGCGACGUCUGCCACAAGUUCCUCAAGACGCCCGAGCAGCUGCUGGAGCACAAGAAGUGCCACACCGUCCCCUCCGGAGGGCUCAAGUGCCCUUUCUGCAUCUACUCCACCAAUCGUCCAGCGGCCAUGGAGUGCCACCUUAAGACGCACUGUAAGAUGGAGUACCGCUGCCGCAUCUGCCAGGGACUGUGGCCCGACCAGUCUUCAUUGGAGGCCCACAUGCGCGGGCACCGCCUGGGCAACCACUACAAGUGUGAGCAGUGUGGCUACUUGUCCAAGACGGCCAAUAAGCUGAUCGAGCAUGUGCGUGUGCACACGGGCGAGCGGCCCUUCCACUGUGACCGCUGCUCCUACAGCUGCAAGCGCAAGGACAACCUCAACCUGCACAAGAAGCUGAAGCACGCGCCGCGCCAGACUUUCGGCUGCCAAGAGUGCCCUUUCACCACGACUCACCCUUUUGUCUUCAGCCGCCACCUCAAGAAACACCAGAGUGGAGGAGCGGGGGGACUGGACGAAGGCUUAGGAGGAGAGGAGGAAGAAGACGAGGAGGCAGGAGAGGAGGAGCUGCCUUUCGAGGGAACAUCGCCGGGGGGCUCGUCGUUGCAGAAGAGUCACGAGAAAUUCCUGUUCGGCGGAGGGGGAGGAAGCAGCGGAGGGAGUGGGAGUAACAGCCCCCUCAUGAGUCUAACGGCGUCCCAGGCGCUCCAGUCCGUUGCCCUGUCAUUCACACUGGGCAGAUCCAAACACCUGGACGCCAAAGGUCCUCUGCACCGCUUGGUCAACACCAACGGCAACAACGCCAUGAGAAACCCCAGCAGCUCGAGCAGCAUCAGCCCCUCCCUCUUCCUCCCCUCCUCCCGCCACGUGUUCGAGCAGUACAGGAACUGGGACCGGGCGCACCUGAUCCCCCUCACCACCCUGUUCACCCACAACAGCCGCUUCACAUUCCACUCGCACCUCCACUCCAGAUCGCGGCCCGCCACAACUCCUCUCCUCUUCUCCUCCAGCUCGGCCUCCCCCUCCCGCUCUCCCCCCUCACCCACCUCCCACAAACACUCCUUCCUGGCCUACCUGGGACUGAUGGAGAGGGCCAAGACUGUUUGACCUCGCCCAACUCCUCCUCUCCUCUCCUCGCUCGUUCCCUCACUCCUCGGACGGUGGCGUGACACUAGACCACUGCAUCGGGAGCAACAUCUUUUCCAAUCAGACCAGCAGAAUAAGCUGGACCAGACAAACUUAUUAAAGAAAAGAGAAAAAAAACAUUUAUAAGAUAAUAAGGCUGUACAUGCUAAAAAUGCAUUUAUAUCAAAAAGCUGCUUUUCUUAUCAGUUCUAUCAAUUGAAUUAUUACUACUUCAGCUACUACUCUCUAUUACCUUUUUGUUUUCUGCUUUGAAAAGUCUGAAUGACCUGGACCCAGUUGCAUUAUCUAAGGAAACUUACAUAUCUCAGUUUUAUAGAUCUUUUUUCUUUAGUCGUUUGAUGAGAUAAAAAGACGAAACAAAACUUGCGAGUGCUACAUUUUUAGUGCAUUUUUGUCUAUUGCUAUUAUGCAUCGAAAUAGCAUGCCUGUUUCUGUGUUCCAACUAGCUUUGACGUCAUUAGGAAGCUAAAGUCGAGAUAUCCUGAAGUGUUAGCGGUGCGACCGAACCAAUGAAACGGCAUGCUCGCAUUGGAAAAGGCACGUUUCCAAAGCAACGCCUCAAACCACGCACUUACCUUAUUUAUCAAUCUUGUACAAAGUUUUGUAGCCCCUCCCAUCUAUUUGAUUUCUGUUGGUCUUUUGUAUAAUGGUGAAACCAUAUUAUGCAUAGCUGCUGCCUGAUAUCACUUCUGUCUCAGAACAUUUCUUAUUUUCAAUGGUUACAAGCUCAUUUAAUCAUUUUUUUGGUCUAAGCUAAUAGAACAGAAAAUAAGCUGUGAUUAUGUUAGUAUUCAAAUCUGUUAAUGAAUAUAUUCAAAAUGACCCAACAGCGCAAAGAAACAUUUUUAUUUCUAAAAAUUUGACUUAAUAUAAAUGUUAAAUCCCUCAGACGAUGAAUACACCAUAAUGUUCUUCUGAGACCGAGUGGAUUUCAGCGCAGGUUCUUAUGCAGAACUGUGUCUCACGCACCUGUACUUAGAAGAGAUAUAUGAGAUAACUGUUUUGUGGUGGUGGCCGGCAUGGGUCAGCGAGCUGCCCACAGCCACGGUCACCACAGGCCGAUUCAAUGGUGCUUUUUUGAGCUUUUUGUAAUUUUUUGUGUACAAAAAAAUAGAAAAAAAAUCUGUUCCAAAAUGACUUGAAUGAAUGUAUUUUGGUUUAUGUACAUGGAUAAAGAAGCGACGCAGAAGUGUGAGCAGGGACGUCCUCUGUGCGGGUCAAGGCGGGGGUGUCGGUGUGUUUGGUGGCCUUCUGUGUCCUUUUCUUUGGUUUUUGUCAUUUUUACAUUUUUUUACUGAGCCUUUUACAUCAUAAUAAAACGUUUUCUACUAACAUCCAUAGUGCACCUAUCGGGAUGAGAGAAAGAAGAAGCUCCUGCAGGUGCGACGCUGAAGCGAAGCCGUUCACAAGUGCCGCAUUAGACGGCUUCCGUUAGUCUGGCUGACACGGUACUGCUCGAUACCCUCCCUCCUGUCGACCUUUUGAGUUUUUAUUGCACUUACUGUAGCUACACUUCAAGCCAAAAGCACUUAAAUCUUUUAUUUUCCUUUUUUUUUUCUUUUUUAAGUGCAAACUUAGAUCCACCACGUCACCAUAAUGUGAAGUAGACAGUCAUCGCUGGAAAUGACUCAAUCAAAACAUCCCUUAGUUUCACAUGUAGACAUUUCUCUGCCUCCGUACAGAGCCCCCCCUCCCUUAAAGUCAGCCGAGGAAAAAACAUUUUAAUCUGUAAAUGACUUCUUACUUCGGAGAAUAAGGAAUUGAGCAUUUUACACAGUCGCUUCCAUCAACAAAGUCCAAUUUAUCUUGAUUUAAGGAUACAUUUUAUUCUAUAUUCUGAGUCUCAGCAGAAAGAUGUCGUUUGCAAAGCUGGUUUUUAUCUUUUUCUCAGCUGACCCUGAGGAGUGUGAGGGGGGGGGGGCUCCAUAGCCUCCGUGAAAACCGGAGAAAGUAAAUUAAUACAAAUUGCAUGAAUUAGACAGUGGAGGUUAAGCUCUCCCUGGGAACUCAAAAGUCCCAGGCUAAAUUGUGAUCGCCAAUUUUGCACAGUGCUGCACUUUUUGAUUAUGAGAAUAUGUAUUUAUCCAUUUAAUGCUCAACAAGAAGAGUGUGUUUUGUGAGGUGGGGCAGCGUAGUACAAGCGUUUUAUUUUUUUGAAAAGCUUUACCCGUCAUCAAUCGUGCUUCUGUUCCAAGUUGUCUUCAAGCCAAAAUCCCUUAUUGUAAAGGGAUUGUUUCUUUUCUCUGUCAUUUCCUCUCUCUUUUUGGGUCUGUUUUGCUCAUGUGUUUUGUUACAAUGACUCAUUGUUGCUUUUAUUUUUAUUUUUCUACUUAAAUCUUGUCAGAAAAAUGUUGAUUGGACAGAAAACAUGACUUGUCAAGACCAAAAUGUAAGUCGCUGCAGGAUGUGAUGUUAGGAUUGAAUCCGUCACGUCCUGCUCCGGAGCGAUGUCUUCGAUUGUCUCCCUCUUUACACUGUUUGAUUGUCCCUUUUUGCUCAGUCAAUGCCUGGCAUGCUGUCUCUGGAGUGAAAGGAGCAUCCCUCCAACACACACACACACACAAACACACACUCUCUCCUUGUACUAUCUAUGUUAUCUUUUAUACUCUAGUGCCACUUGGUGGAAGGAAACCACCUGAGACUUCUGAGAAUAAGUCAAACUAAUUGUCAGGGUCCACGAGAAGAAAGAAGCUGAAGAGAAAAAACGAGAAUGUGUUCCACUCUUGACACCUUUUUAAAAAUGUCUGCCUUUUAAUAUAAUCAUGAAUGGCUGCACUUCUUUAUGUCCCCCGGGUUCGAGUGUAAUGUUUAAAAAGGUAACACGGCUCUUAUCCGUUUAAAUAAAAAAAAAAAUAACAGUAUUCUUUUAAGCACUUAUUCUGUUUAUUUUGCCCGAUCGUGUGCAGCACAGAGACUUUUUGUUUUCGAAGCUUGACUACCUUUUCGGCACUUCAGAGUAUGCAUGACAUUGCCCUCGCUCUUGUUCUUCAGCACUUAACUGUGUUUAAAACUAACUCCCUCGGUUGCAUUUAGUUAGCAUCAGCCUGCACUGUCCUACAAUCAGUUAGCUUUUAUGUCGGCUGUGUUUUAUGAUUAGAAAAGGCUCAACUCUCUUUUCUUUUGGCACUCGGUAAAGAUGUGUAUGUGCUGUAUAAAGCUUUUUUUUAUUACUCCAUUGUUAAGGCUGUACAGGGUUGUGACGAUAACUGGUAAAUAGAACAUUUGUACUUUUUUUUUGUUUUGUAUUUGUUUUGUUUUUUUAUGUUUGGCAUUAUUUUAUGUUCAACUUGCCAGAUCUAAAUGUAACAGGAUUUGAAAGUAAAGCUUACAUCAGAUUUCA